AUGGGAGUCUCUGGGCUCCAGAGAUGCUGGGUCUCAUUCCAAGGUGGCUUCCGCUUCUGGCCUCCAUGUGACCAGCUGCCCUGCCUCGACUUCCCUGAGAGAAAGAAAGCGGUGCUGCGUUCCCUCCCGCCGCAGCCCCCCUUCCCUGUGCAGCCCCCUCCCCUCCGCCCCUGCUGGGGGCCUGGCCCCGGGGCCCUCGCCCUUCCUUCCUGUUCCGCACUCCCCCUCCCCAGUAAUCACCAGCCCCCAGCCCUCCCGAAACGUGGCCCGGAGCCCUCGGGGAUCACUGAGGAACAGCAGGUGCGCUCAGGAGACCCGGGAUCAAUCUCAGCUCGUGACGGACAUCCAAGGGAUGCUGAGAAAGGCUCUGGCCUUCGCGUUCUUCUGUCAGACGAGGGGAGCGCGGCGGGGACCCCCGGGCUCUCUCCAAGUCUCAAACGCCUUGAACCCACGGCCAGCUCCGCCCGGUUUCAGAUCCGAAGCGCCUGGUGCCCCCUUCCUCCCGAGGGUCACUGGCUGCUGCUCCCCCAGGGCUGGAGUUGGAACUCCCCAACCAGGAGCUGUCCAGCACCUCCCGCCCCAGCUCAUGGGGACCAGAGAAUGCCCAGAACCAAAUGGGCGACUGAGGCAGCUGUUGGGGCCACACCACUGCCUUCUUGGGAGUUUUCCGCCUUCCUUUCCCGGGUCCCCGUCCGGCAGUCAGCCAGCCCCGCACCCCCAAAUGUGCCCCCCCCCCCACUCAGUCCCGGGCCUGGCUGCAGAUUUAGUCAGCUAGACAGGGGAGGGGCCCCCGUGGGAUUACUGAGAGCCCAAGCUCGCCUCCCUUUGCAGAAGGAAAAACUGAGGCUCCCAGAGGCCUGCCCGAGACCCCACAGCCCCCUCCCCGUGUCCCUGGAACUGCUGGAGGGUGCAGGCCAGUUGGAUAGAGAUGGUCAGUGGGGGCCCUUGCACAAGGAGGGACCUUGGGCCCUGGAGGUUUUCAGGAUGAAAGAAGGGAUGCAGGGAAGUGAUUGGGCCGGAGAAAGUACAAGCUUCAAGGCCCCAGAGGGCUCUGUCAGGCUUGGGGGCCCGUGUUCGCUGCCGGGCUGCAAGGUUCAAGACCGGCCUCCAGGUGAUCGCUGCUCUCCAGCCAUCAACUGCCUGGGCAGGAUGGAGGCCCUGGAAGUGGCGUCGCCUUUUGGGGCCAGAUGGGCCAACCUCUGUGGGCCUCCAUCUCUCACUGGCUGCUGCCUGGAUGCUCUGCCUUUUCUUCUCUGUUCCAUCUACCCAAUCACCACCCCCCCGCCCAUCCCCCCCAUCCUCCCGCCAUUCAGCGAGCGCCAGUCCCCGGCCCCAGAAAUAGUCCGAAACAGAAAGGAGCCUGGGCGGAGCCUGGGCGGAGCCUGGGCGGAGCCUGGGCGGAGCCUGGGCGAAGCCUGGCUCCGGCGGCAGCCGCCCAGCGGCCGCCCCGGCCCGUGUCAGGCUCCGACCCCAGAGCUGGCCUCCGGCCUGCGGUUCCGAGCGGCAGCGGGGCGUGGAGAGCCCCAGGGGGGGACUCGGAACCCGGCCCGAGCACCCAGAGGUUCUCUGACAGGAGUGGGCGGGGCAGCUGGGGACCGGCCGGUCCUCCCGGAUCCCAGGAGGGAGCGUGCCCACUUUGCAGAUAAUAAACUGAGGCUGGAGAACACGCACUCAAUGCACAAACCACCGGAGCCGCUUCCGAUUUAUCAGCGCGCUUUUAAUCAUUAUCCUUCGGUGCUCACAAACCAGGCCGGAAGUGGAGGCCCAGGCGGAGGCCCACAAUGCCCAAGAAAGGAGGCUGCGGUCUCCCAGGGCAACGGGCGCCCCGAGUCUGUGGCCCCCGGCCGCGUCCUCCGGGGCCUCUCCAGGCGGGGCCGGGGCUCCGGGUGGGCUUCAAAGGGCCCAGGAAGACGCCGUGCUGGCCCGGGGCCAGUUGGGGCCCAGCUGUUUGGGGUCGGGCCCGGGGGCUCGCCGGCUGGCCCUUCCUCCCCCCGGAAUCAGCCACGGAGCCCGAGGCCGAGAGUCGGGGCCACGCACUGA